GUGGCGUUCACUGUCCCGCACCCUGGCACGUGCGGAGCCACGAGCAGAAGCCACUUCCCUGCCCUGCCUGCCCCCCUUCCCAGGCUGACUGGACGCACAUCCUGUCCCCGCCUGGGAUGGGGCCUUGAGUCACAGCGGCCUGGGGUGGACCCAGGCUCGGCUGCAGAGGCGGCUGCGUCUGCGGAGGCUGCGGCUUUGGCCUUGCUGACUGCUCGCCUGCCGGCUGGCUGGCCCUCAAGGCCAUCGGGCACCGCCCACCUUCUUCCCCGGCAAGUCAGAGCUGAAGCGCUGCAGCAUGGCGCGCGGCUGCCUGCAGGGCGUCAAGUACCUCAUGUUCGCCUUCAACCUGCUCUUCUGGCUGGGCGGCUGCGGCAUCCUCGGCGUGGGCAUCUGGCUAGCGGCCACGCAGGGCAACUUCGCCACCCUGUCCUCCUCCUUCCCAUCGCUGUCGGCCGCCAACCUGCUCAUCGUCACCGGCACCUUUGUGAUGGCCAUCGGCUUCGUGGGCUGCAUCGGGGCCAUCAAGGAGAACAGAUGCCUUCUGCUCACCUUCUUCGUGGCGCUGCUGCUGGUGUUCCUGCUCGAGGCCUGCAUCACCAUCCUCUUCUUUGCCUACACUGACAAGGGUGGCCCUGCCGUCCUGCAGAUCGACAAGUAUGCCCAGCGAGACCUGAAGAAGGGCCUGCACCUGUACGGCACUCCGGGCAACGUGGGCCUUACCAACGCCUGGAGCAUCAUCCAGACUGACUUCCGCUGCUGCGGGGUCUCCAACUACACUGACUGGUUCGAGGUCUACAAUGCCACGCGCGUGCCUGACUCCUGCUGCCUGGAGUUCAGCGAGAGCUGCGGGCUGCACGCGCCUGGCACCUGGUGGAAAGCGCCGUGUUACGAGACUGUGAAGAUGUGGCUCCAGGAGAACCUGCUGGCUGUGGGCGUCUUCGGGCUGUGCACGGCCCUGGUACAGAUCUUGGGCCUGACCUUCGCCAUGACCAUGUACUGCCAGGUGGUGAAGGCGGACACCUACUGUGCGUAGCUGCCCGCCACCCAGCUUCGCUGCCAAAGGACGUCGCCCACUGGGAGGCGGCCAUGCCCCUGUCUGCCUCUCCUGCUGCAGGACCUCUCACCAGCCUCAGGAGCGCCAUGCCCGAGUGGGCGGCCAACGACCAGCCACACAUACCCCCGGGGCCGGGGUCUGCAGGGGUUUCUGGCGUUUUCCUCGUCCAAGUGUUCUCCACCAGCCCUGUCUGGGGCAGGGGGUGGGAGGUGAGGGGCGCCCCGCUGGCCCUGGUGCUGGAGACGGGCCACAGGCUGCUCCCCACACCCCACAGCGGGGCCGUGGCGGGCUCCGGGCACGUCUAAUAAAGUGUGGGCAGCAGCC